CCGGAGUAUUUCAACGGGGCUAUUGUCUACUUCUAUUUGAGACAGUCCGGAGGAUCCCACCAUCUCAAAGACAGCAUUCUGGCAAUUUCUUGCAAUGCGGUUCCUCUGUCUACACGGGAUCGGGAGCAAUUCUCGCAUCCUACAACAGCAAACAGCAGCGCUAAGAUAUGAACUCGGCAACCGCCACAGCUACGACUUCGUCGAGGGCACUCUCCCCUGGACCCCCGACUCAACACUGAAAGACAACAUGCUCGGCGACGAAAAGACCUUUUCCUACUGCGACCCAACCGACGCCAAGUCCUGCCUACAGACGAUUGACCUGCUUGACCAAUACGUUGCAGCCGAGGGUCCAUACGAUGGUGUCAUUGGGUUUAGCUUGGGCGCCAACGUCGCCAUCUCGUGGAUGAUUGAGCGCCAGCGCAAGAACAGCAAAGCCGGUCUACCCUUCAAAGUGGGCAUUUUCUUUUCCAACACGUUUCCCCUGUACAACAUGGACGCUCUCCAGGAGGGUCGGAUUGAUCAUUCAGGCACCGUGGCCGAUGGAUGCCUUGAUCUGCCGACCGCGCAUAUUUGGGGAGCAAGGGAUGGGGGAUCUAAUCAUGCACAGAUUGCCAGCAGGACCUGCAAAGUGGCUGAAAGGUCGGUGUAUGUGCAUGGCAAGGCCCAUGAGAUUUCGUCCUCUCCUGACGACUUGAUUGGUAUGGUCAAGGUGGUCAAUCGGGCUAUCGGGGCCGCGGAAGACAAUGUAAUUAUUAUCUGAGGUCAGAAUGAAAUCGCUUAUCUUAUUGCAUAUGCAGCG